AUGGAUUGGGCAACAAUUUUUCCCAAUGCACAGUGUGGUGAAAGCUCUUCCAAACAUGUUAUUCCAGAUGAGGAUGAUUGUGAUUCGAAUGAACUGCACACCCCUCCAGAAAGUGAUGUUGAAGAUGAGAUUCCAAAGUUUCCAGUUUUUAAAGAUACCACUAAAUUUGAGUUAGGCAUGAAGUACAAAGACAAAUUGCAAAUUAGAGAUGCUGUGAAGGAAUAUGCAAUGGAACAAAAGAAAAACAUUGUCAUAACCAAGAAUGAUAAGAAGAGAGUAGUGGUAAGAUGCAUGGAUGGCUGCCCCUUUUAUAUACGGUUUAGCAUGAGGACUGGAAAUACAUUCUGGCAACUUGUAAGUUUAACUGAAACACAUAGCUGCCAAAGGACACCCAAGAAUAGACAAGCAACUACUGAAUGGUUAGGUCGCAAAUUUAUGUAUAUGUUGAGACACAGUCCCGAGAUGAGAUGUAAAGGCCUGAUUGCAGAAGCCCUUCAAAAAUGGGGUGUUAAGUUGUCAAAAGACCAAGCUUACAGGGCUAAGAGAAAGGCAUUAGAGUUGAUUCAAGGAGCUGGUCGUGAACAAUUCUCACAUUUGAGGACCUAUGCUAAUGAAUUGCUUAAGUCUAAUCCAAACUCUACAGUUAAGAUUCAGUGUUCAAAUUCAAAUGGUGGUCCAACAUUUGAGAGAAUUUACGUAUGCAUGGAAGCAUGUAAGGCGGCCUUUGUCACGACUUGUAGACCCUUAAUUGGGUUGGAUGCAUGCUUUUUAAAGGGGGAUUUUGGAGGUCAAUUGAUAGCUGCUGUUGGAAAGGAUGGAAAUAACAAGAUUAUGCCUAUAGCAUAUGCAGUCGUGGAAGCCGAAACCAAAGACUCUUGGAAAUGGUUCCUGCAUUUGUUGCUCGAUGAUUUACAACAAAUCCAAGACAAGGCCUAUGGAUUUAUAUCAGACCAGCAGAAGGGAUUAGUACCGGCUAUUCUGGAGACAAGCCAAAAUGUCGAACAUCGACUAUGUGUCAAACACUUGUAUGGCAAUUGGAGAAAGAAAUACACGGGGAUAGAGCUAAAGGAGGCUUUAUGGAGGGCUUCCAGAGCAACAACAUUACCUGGAUGGGAGAGGGCAAUGAUCCAUAUGAAAGAACUUAAUCCAAAGGCUUGGAAAGACAUGAUGGCAGUUCCUGCUGCUUAUUGGAGCAGGGCACAUUUUAAGCUAGAUACACAAUGCGACUUACAAGUCAAUAACAUGUGCGAAGCCUUCAAUGGAGCAAUAUUGGAGUAUCGAGAUAAACCAAUUAUUACAUUGCUGGAAGGAAUCAAGAACUACUUAACAAUGCGGAUUGCUACACAAAAAGAUGCUUUGUCUAAAUGCAAAGGAAUUAUAAGUCCAAACAUCCAAAAGGUCUUAGAGAAAUCAAAAAGGGAAGCUGGUGGAUGGAGUGCAACUUGGCAUUCUGAUGAUGAUUUUGCCAUUUUUGGGGUAUCAAAUGGUAUUGACGCGAGAUCUAUUGUGCUUGCUACAUACAGUCACAUAAUAUUGCCAACAAAUGGGCCACAACUAUGGCCAAUUAGUGGAGACACUGCCAUUAACCCACCUGUCAUGAGGAGAGCUAUUGGACGCCCUAAAAAGAAUCGAAACAAGGCUAAUGAUGAGCCUCGAAGCACAAACACGUUGCCAAGAACUCUUCAAACUGUGAAAUGCAAAAAAUGUGGAAAUAUGGGACAUAACAAAAGAACUUGCAAAGGUAAGAGAGCAGCUGACAGAUCCAUUCCUAAGGGUGGCAACAAGAAGGCAAAAAAGAAGGAAACAAAGAAUGUUGAGCAAACUGUCAUAGAAGGGGGCUCGCAAGCACCAAGACCAACUCAAGAAUAG